GACCGAGAGGUGGAUAAAGACCUCUGAGAGGGGAACAUCUCGGGCUCUGCUUCACCUCCCAGAGUAACCAGCCUUUCCUUUGCUUUUGUGCAACUCAGCACAAUGGCACCCAAGAAGCCAGAGCCCAAGAAAGCUGAACCAAAAAAAGAAGAACCCAAGGCUGCUGCCAAAGCAGCCCCAUCAUCUGAGCCAGAACCUCGCAAGGAAGUUGAGUUUAACCCAGCUACCACCAAAGUUGAAUUCACUCAUGAACAGCUUGAAGACUUUAAAGAAGUCUUUGAGCUCUUCGACAGAACUCCCAAGGGAGAAUUGAAGAUCACAUAUGCGCAGUGUGGAGACGUCUUGAGGGCAUGUGGCCAGAAUCCCACCCAGGCGGAAGUCCUCAAGGUCCUUGGACGACCCAAGCCAGAUGAAAUGAACACCAAGAUGAUCGACUUUGACACCUUCCUGCCUAUGCUUCAGCACAUUGCCAAGACCAAAGAUACGGGGACCUAUGAGGACUUUGUGGAAGGCCUGCGUGUUUUUGACAAGGAAGGGAAUGGCACCGUCAUGGGAGCCGAGCUCCGCCACGUUCUAGCGACUCUUGGAGAAAGACUGACUGAGGAGGAAGUUGAUAAGUUAAUGGCUGGCCAGGAAGAUUCCAACGGUUGCAUCAAUUAUGAAGCAUUUGUAAAGCAUAUCAUGGCAAGCUGAAUGCCAGGGUGUGUCAACAGCAGCUGGAUGCAGAGGUUGGAGCUUCAACUGAAUGAAUGAAGUGCAUUUGAUUUUUCCAAGUGUGGAUUGAUGCUCAAUCCCUCAAAUGUAUUUUUGAUGUUGUUUUUAUGGGAUUGUUAUUAUAAACUCAACCUUGUCUCUUCUCAUUCUAAAGCCCAAUGCAAUCUGCUUGGAACCUCCUUCUAAGAUGCUUCACCUAAAUCAGCCUAGCCUUUUCCUAACAUCCGUCCCCAGUGUCAGCUGGUUCUUUUCCAUCAAGCUCUUUCAUCUGGGAGUCCUAGCCAUCAAUUCUGUUUACUUUCCACCUUCUCCCCAUGUAGUAAAGCCUAUGUCCAUCAGAGCUGAGAUGUAGCAGCUUCAAUGUUCUAUGAAGAUCAUUGUUGGUGUUUUAUCAACUCCAAAUUUCAAGAGUUAUUGAUCACCAGUACUAGGAGAACAGACAUUUGCUACCGUUGGUGAUAUUUGUAGUAACUAACUACUACUACUAGUAGUAUUAAGUAUUAAUAGUAUUAACAAUUAAUAGUAUUAACUACUAGCUGUAUUAACUACUAUCUAUCUUAGUUUCUUUAACCAGCCUGCAUACAAGUAUGAGUGUUUUGCUCUUGGGUGGCCAUGAUAGAAUGCUUCUAGUUAUCUAUAAGAAACUAGUUGUCUCACCAGAUUUGCAAGACAACUGAACUGGCUUCAGAAAUUUGGGGAUAGCCAUGAAACAUCUCUCAAUGGCUCCUUCACAUACAAGAGAUAGCAGCAGAAUAUAACCAGCCUUGCCACUCUUUAAAGCAGGGGGGGACAACUUUGUCCUUCGGGAUGAUUUUGGACUCCAGAUCUCAUUGUGCCUCCUCAUUGGCCCCGUUGCAGAAUUAGACGGGUCCUCAAAUGCUAACAGGUAAAUCAGAGGUCCUAGGCUGGACUCAGAAAUGUAAAUUAUUAACCAAAGCUUGCCAAAAAUAGCAUAGCAAUAGAGUAGUGGUAUACUCCUGUACCAAGACAUCAGUUCCUCCUUGUCAAGGGCAUCUGGUGGUUCCCAUAUCAGUGGUGGCUUUCCAGGUUUUAGUACGAACUUUAAAGGGGCAGACCAAGGUGCCAGAUCUUAUUUUCCCUCCAUGAAUAAGGUCAGCACUUUGGAUAACUCACUCAUGGCCCCAGGGACCUAGGACUUCUCAGCUGGUACCUUUCCUUGUUGGAUUCAGAAUCAAGAGGAGAGAAGGAGAGGUGGUAUGUCUUAUUAUGGAUGCCUAGAAGUUUCCACUUUGGAUGGGUACAUCCCAGCACUAAAUAGCUGCACCAUUUCAGUUUAUAGGCAUAUGAGGAUUCCAUUGAUUUGUGUGCAUUUUUAUGUUCAAAAUCCACACACAGUCCAGUCCCCAUAUCUUCAGGAUCAAUAACUGCAGUAUCAGUUCCCUGUGCCUGGAAAAAAAAGUCUCUCUAGGCAUUUGAAGGUCCUCCAGCAUGACUCAAUGCUCAAUGUCCAGUAGACGUUGACCACAGAGUUUUUCACUGGAGGACCUCUAGUUGCCUACAGAGACCAGCUAGAUAUCUGGAGGUCCACCUUUAUGGUCAAUUUCUGCUGGAAAUAUAGCAUUUGCUAUUAACUGCAAUUUCCACUUAUCCACAGUAACUAAUGGAAUGGAUCCUCAUGGAUAUGUGUAUUUCCUCAAUAGAAGUAAAGUGAGAUUUGAAAAACAAAAAACAAAACCUGACUGUAAGAUAAGGGGAAACUAAUAGGUUUCUCCAUCCUUCCAUUGCCAUGUUUCUAUGGCUGGGGCUACACAUUUCCUCCAAAGGCAACCAAAGCAUCAUCUUAAGGUUGUCCCUCCUUCUCUUCCUCCUCUUCUCUCUCUGAUAACAAUUAGUAAUGCAAAAGACAUUCUGUGCCAUCAUCCAUCAUUUCUCCCACCCCAUGUCACUUCAUUGGUUGCCUCCAUUAAUAUGGUGGGGAAAUUUGCAAUGAAAUGACACCACAUCCUAUCUCUGACAGGAAGAGGAGGAGGCAGAGGCUGGCUGUUCUCUAUGGGGUCCAGCCUGGGACAUGAUUUCUUCACUCUUUUGUUCCAGUUUGAUCCUCAAUAAGCCCUUCAUAACAUGUACUUUGGUGGCUAAGCAACUCUUUGGAGUGAGUUACAGAGAAGCAGAGCCUCUGGCUGAAUUUUCUGCCCCAGACAAACUGUGUUCUACACGACAACCUCAUAUUUAUUAUAAAAAUUUGCAUUAAACACAUCCUUUUUCUCAA